AUGAAGUUUACUUUUUGCUUUAUUUUAUUGCAAAUUGUUGUAAAGGCAAAUGCUGAUGUUGAUCAUUCUGUUUGCAGUGGUAUUAUCAAUGGACGUAUUCCUCAUCCUGAUCCCCAAAACUGUGGAUUAUACAUUUUUUGUAUGAUGACUUUUGCGAAUGUUCGCUCAUGUCCACCAAAUACUGUUUUUGUUCCACAUUUCAACUCUAGUUAUCGUGAAGGAGAAUGCGAACCUGGUAAUGCUGAAACUUGUGAAGUUUGGACUACAACAACAAUUCCUGAAACAUCAACUGCAAUUUACACAACAACUGAACUUGAUGAUCCAACUCUGACCACUGAAAAUGAAUAUGAUACAACAAUUCCUGAUGCAACAACUGAUUUGCCCACAAAUGAAUCAACAACAACUGAAAAACCAUUGACAACAACAUCCAGGCUUCCAACAACAACACCAAUUCCUGUUCAUAGAUGUCCACCAAGUGGAUUCGGAGUUAUUUUACUUCAAUUUAUUGCGCAGAUUAAUGGACAAGAUGUAGGUCCAAGCUUUUGUACAGAUCGAGGACACUCAACUGGAGUUUACCCACAUCCUACCAACUGUACUUUAUUUGUCCUUUGCAUCUUUUCCAUGCCAUUUGUUCAAGAAUGUGAAGAAUAUUCAGUUUUUGUUCCAUAUCCUCAAGAAAAUCCAGGAGAUGAUCCAUUUGGAAGAUGUCAACCAGCAUAUCCAGGUACUUGUGACAUGUUGACCACAUUAACUGUAAUUCAUACAACAACAGAAUUUGAUGAUCCAACUCUGACCACUGAAAAUGAAUACGACACAACAAUUCCUGAUGCAACAACUGAUUUGCCCACAAAUGAAUCAACAACAACUGAAAAACCAUUGACAACUACAUCCAGACUUCCAACAACAACACCAAUUCCAGUUCAUAGAUGUCCACCAAGUGGAUUCGGGUACAUUCCACAUCAUACAAAUUGCAAUCGUUAUUUUGAAUGCAUUCGAGGCGUACGACAUCUUAGAUUCUGUUACGAAGGCUUUUUAUUUGAUUCUGUGACACUGAAAUGUACUUAUCCUGAAUUGGCAAUAUGCGCUGGCAUAAAUGGACAGGUCAUUGAGCAAAAUUUCUGCAUAGAUCAAGGCGUUGGGUCGGGACUCUUUCCACAUCCUGAUCCACUUAAAUGUAACUCAUUUGUGCUGUGUGCAAUGUUAAUUCCAAUACCACAAGUUUGUCCUACUGGGAAAAUUUUUGAUCCUUAUCCUGAUUCUAGUCCACCUUAUGGAUCAUGUCAAAUUGGCAAUGCUGACACUUGUGAACUUUUUACUACAACUACAACAACUUAUAAUUCAUCAACUUUAGCCUAUACAACAACCGAAAGUGACGUUACAACAACAAUCAAUGAUUAUACAGCAGACUCUACAAUAAUUCCAGAGGUUCCAACUUUUAUGUCUACAAAUCAACCUACAACAACAUUCAAGCUUCCAACAACAACACCAAUUCCAGUUCAUCGAUGUCCAUCAAGUGGAUUCGGGUACAUUCCACAUCAUACAAAUUGCAGUCGAUACUUUGAAUGUAUCGCGGGUAAAAAACAUUUAAGAUUCUGUCCUUAUGGAUUGCUGUUUGAUUCUGUGACACUUCAGUGUACUUAUUCUGAGUUGGCAGUUUGUGCUGGAAUUUAA